AAGCACCGCGGGCUAGGCUGGGCUGGAUGGAGACCAUCCCGCUUUUCCUUGCAUUCCCAUCUCCAGCCUUGCAGCUCGAGGACAUCAGCCGUGACAUUUCACCGACAUUGCCAAUUGUCGCCAACACUUUUGUCACGAUGGCGGCCCCCAACGACCAAUUCUACCUCCGCUACUACUCCGGUCACUCUGGGCGAUUCGGACACGAGUUCUUGGAGUUCGACUUCCGCGUUGUUGGCGAUGGACGGAGCGCAGUCGCGCGUUAUGCGAACAACUCAAACUACCGAAAUGAUAGUCUGAUUCGCAAAGAGAUGUGCGUCAGCGCUCUCAUUGUCGACGAGAUCAAGCGCAUCAUCAAGACGAGCGAGAUUCUAAAGGAAGAUGACUCAAAGUGGCCACAAAAGAACAAGGACGGACGUCAAGAGUUGGAGAUUCGGCUGGGCAACGACCACAUCUCCUUUGAGACGGCCAAGAUCGGCUCACUGGUUGACGUGACAGAGUCCGCCGACCCUGAAGGCCUGCGCGUCUUCUACUACCUGGUGCAGGACCUGAAGGCGCUGGUGUUCAGCUUGAUUGCGCUGCACUUCAAGAUUAAGCCCAUCUAGAAGGGGGAUAUAUCGAAGAAGUUGAAGAAGGCGUCGGGCUAAUUUGGGCGGCAAACGACAAAUUACUUGGAGAUACCCCUGAGAACUGGGCCCGCAUCUGUUCUCCUCUUCUCGUGCGAGAACGCUACGAGCCGGCUACGAGAACGUACCAUGACGAAUGAGCCCGCAUGUGACCUGCGGAACGACUACUGUUUUCUGGAAAAAAAAAUGCAUGAUGCUGCAAGUCGGGUGCAUGGAGGAGGGGUCUUGGGCCCUUCAGCUCAGACGACGAGCUGGCGAACGGACAGACGGGCUGGCGGGAAAUUAGACAGCCCUGCUGGUCGUCCCUCAUACGAGGUCAGACUCGGGGAGACCAGACUGCAUGGCUCCUGGUCAUGUGUUGUGAGGAAAAAAUAACGAGAUACGGUCUUCACUAUUGAUGCACGCACGCGC